AUGGACUUCUAUCUACUCUUAACCGUGCAUAUAUUGUCAUAUCUAACAAUCUUGCUCCAGGCGUCACCACUCGCGGUCACCAAUUUGACGGUAGUCACGAAUGCCACCAGUCCAACAACUGUUUGCAAGCAGUAUCCUCCUCUCGUCGACAUUGUCUGCGCCGAUCUCCUCGGAGACGUUCACAGCGCCACAACCUACGUCAAGCGCGAUCUAGGAUUCCAGGGCCAGAUCGGACCCUAUGUAUUGCUCAGCUACGGUGACACCCUGUACAGCGAUGCCAGUUACAGCGAUACAUGGCGAGGGAUGACGAGCGACUCGGUUGCUUUAGCUACGCAAGACCCUCUCGUGGUUGUCGAUCCCUUUCUGAACACGGACGGCUAUCCUCCACAAUUUUGCCCACUGAUAUCCUCCUUUGGGGAAGACCCAUCCGAGUGUGCCAUGGGCAUCACUAAUGUUGUUGAGACAACCGCGCCAAACGAAGGAAUCAUCUUCUUCCUCCUGAAUCACCGUCCAAAUGGGACGAACAAUCUCAUGGGCGCAGGCGUUGCCUCCAUCAUUCUCGAUACAUCCUCGUACCCUCCCGUUCCGCAGAUCAGUCGUCUACCUCCCCAAUACUGGUGGGAUGCAACGUGCGAGCCCUGGUAUGGUGACGUAUGCGCACUGCGGUGGAAGGACCACAUCUACGCAUAUGGCCACGGCAUGGAGGGCAAUCCGUGGGUAUACCUGACAAGAGUCCGUGCAGAUGAAGCAACAAACGUCAACUGCUACGAAUACUGGAAUGGAGAAGCGUGGCAAAGCGGGAGACUCGACGGGACUGCGAUUGGGGAGAAAGAGAGCGUGUUCUGGCAGAUCAACCAGGGGCAAGUGAUCUGGUCGAACUACUUUGGCUACAACUGGAUGAACUCGAAGGUGCUUCUAAAAACCGCUCAGCGACCUGAAGGACCGUGGUCGGACCCGAUUACAUUGUAUCAAGCGACACCUUUGACGGACGGCAGCUCGAUCUACGCCGCUGUGCCACAUCCAUAUUUUGACGAAAGCGGAAAGAGCUUGGUGGUUACCUUUACCAAUCACCCAAACACCAUUCAAGCUGUGCGGAUUGUGUUCGCUUAG